CUUACAGUAAUGUUUCAGUGGUUUUGUUUACAAUUAUCCAAAACUACAACUUUUUUACCUUUUUCUUUAGUGGCUCUUCCAAUUCUGGCUUAACAUCCUCUUUUUCCUCUGAACUGUCUUCUUCCUUAACUUUAACCACACCAUCAGGCGCUUCAAUCUCAAAACCUGAUGGUUCUGGUUUCUUUUUCUUGACAUCCGUUAACUUUUUAGCCUUUGAUAAUACUAGUGUCUUCUUUUUGGAUUUUUGUUUUAAAAUUUUUGAAAUUGCGUCUGCCCAACCAGUGUUUGCCAAGUCAUUGUCGUCCUCGUUCUCUUCGUCCCCAGAAUUAUUUGAGUUAUCUGCUUCACUAAUACCACUUGAUACUUCGUCUAAAUGUUAAAAACAUGUCAUUAAAGGGAAACUUGAGGAAACAAAUGGUAUAAAAGUUCCCAUGGCAACGCUGACAUAUCCUUCAGUCCAAACAUAACCUCCAAUUUAAUUAAAAUUCAAAUUUUUUUCGUAAAAAUAUGGAAAAUUAUAAAUUAUUAGGGAGGGCUGGAGAGGGAGCGCACGGAUUUGUUUUCAAGGCAAAAGAUUUACGGAAUGAAAACGAGGUGGCACUCAAAAAGAUCGCUAUAAAUCCCGAUUUAGAAAUCCCCAAUAACGUGAUGCGAGAAAUCUUAGCGCUAAGAGUUUUAAAAUAUGCCCAUAUUGUAAAGUUAACAGAGGUAUUAAGCGUGGGAAGUUAUGUGGUUUUAGCAAUGGAAUAUCUGCCUUGGUCACUGUAUGAAGUUAUUAAAGAUAAAAAUACAACAUUGAAUCUAGCACAAAUUAAAACUUACAGUAAAAUGAUAUUAAAAGGGUUACAUUACAUGCAUUACCACCACAUAAUGCACAGGGAUUUAAAGCCGUCUAACUUGCUUAUUGGCAGAAAAGGAAUUUUAAAAAUUGCCGAUUUCGGUUUGGCUCGAAUAUAUGACCACGAAAAGAAGAGGUUAUAUUCGCAUCAGGUUGCCACUAGAUGGUAUAGGUCUCCGGAAUUACUCUACGGUUCUAGAACGUACAAUAAAUCGGUAGAUAUGUGGUCUGUGGGUUGCAUAAUCGCAGAGAUGAUUGAAAGGAAACCGCUCUUUCCGGGUGAAACGGACAUAGAACAAUUGGCGAUAGUAUUGGGGACAUUGGGAACGCCUACGAGUGACAAUUGGCCAGGUCUGACUCAAUUACCGGACUAUAAUAAAAUUUCGUUUAGUCACAGUGAACCCAAAAAGUGGAGCGUCAUUAUACCGGACGCUGAUUACAUAACGUUAAAUUUGUUGAGCAAAAUAUUGAUUUACGAUCAAAACAAGAGGUGUACAGCCAAAGAGGCUUUGCAAGACAGAUUCUUUAGAGAAAAGCCUUUCCCCUGUCGUAUUUCACAGUUGCCCAAGUUAGACGAGCCCAACGAACCCACUUGGAAUUUCGACGAAUUUGAUGAAUUUUUGGGACACAUGAACGACGAACCCAAACCAGAAUUAUUGUGACUUUGAAUUAAGAAUACGAAGCGGUGCGAUUCUUUUGUGGUCAUUUACGUCUUCAAUGGGCAACUUUUUGUGGAUUUUAAAAUAAAAUUUUAUUGUCGAAUCCGAUUGUUGACUUUCAUUUGGCUUGUCACAUGAAUGAUACAAGUCUCAUUAAUAAUAGGACAUUGAACAAAUGGGAAAUAUCCUGACUUAAAUUAUGAUACCAAACAUGCUUAACGUAAAAUGUGAGAUAAAUUCCAAAUGCUUUAUGUUACAUUAUCAAUAAGACUGUUUUAUUUAUUUAUUUAUAAAAAAAUGUAACAAAUAGUCAGCGAGAUUAUGAUUUUGUUAUUAUAAAAGAGCCCAUCGGCUCAUUAUUACUUAUACAGGCCAUGUAAAAUGUAAUAUUUCUCUGAAAAACUGAUAUAGGGUUGUCCAUUGAAAGCGUGUGUAAAGAUUUAGGAGAAAAGUUCGAUUUGUAGGUACAAGAAAAAUAUGGGUGGUUAUAUUUUUCUUUAAAGUGAAAUAUUUAUUCUGCUAAGUGUAUUUUUUAUUUAUUUUUAUUAUCUUAAUAUUCUUUUGUUUUUAUUGUUAUGGUAAUUGAAUAAAAAUAUUCGAAACGG